GACACAACGAUAAUUAUUCAAUAACGGGAGACACGGGAAUCAGGUGCGACAUAUUUACAGUUAUACGAAACGUAUCGACUCAUUGGUUCGCUAGUUGCAGAAUGCAGCGCUCACAAUUUCUAACACUCGCGGUCGUCUGCCUUCUGGUGCAAACUGGCUGGGCACAGCAAUACCAACAGGUUUUUUCUUUGCUGAAACGCUGCCCGUGCGUACAGAUCAAUACCUGCUAUAGUGAAGAGAUAAAUUUAGAGGUACAACAGUAUCUUAACAGUCAGUUCAGGUGCCCAGAAUCCACCCAUCAGCACUGUUGUGGUCCGAUAUAUCCAACACUCGGAUAUGAUGGUCAUUUUGAUGAGCAAUCAAGAGCAAAGAGUGGUGCCCCGGUUGAGCCAUCUGUCAACGAAAAUGUGGUGGUUAUUUUGGCCCAAAGCGUUACACCUUCCAAGGAAGAAGCACAAGGUCGUGCUGUAGAAGUGAUGACUGUUUUGCCACAAACUGAAGCUCCAGUUCUCACCACUACUACUGUGGAUAACGAUGAUGGUUCACCUGAACCUUCAACGGCACUGAUCGAAGAUACUACUACUCAAAUACCGGUAACUACCACCACAGUCCAGAGCACCACCAGAGGACGCCUGAGUCGCUUCCAUCAAAGACGUCCAUUUCCAAGGUAUGAACGAGGUUCCACCGAGUCAACGUCCUCUCGAGCACCGAUUCAGAGGCGUACAACAGCCUCCAGGCGGAAUCCUGCCACCUCUGAGUCGCCCAGAAGAUCAUCAACACAAACCGGUCUGUAUAACAGCGAGUUCAAAAGGCGCGUGACCAACCGACAGCGAAAUGAACCAACAAUUUCAACUAUCGAAUCUACUGAAUAGGAUUUCUCAACAUAUAAUUAUCAUGCCUACAAAAAUGCUGCCAAUGAGUACUGAUUGCAGUUCAAAUUUUCUUGACGAUUUGAACAACGUCUUCGUCGUUCAGAACGUGUUCGAUACCUACCUUUUGCGGCUGAUGCUU